AGACCGCACUACAUUUCGCCAGUAUGUCCGGUGACACAGAGUGUGUGAAGCUACUUUUAGAAUUUGGUGCAAGGGUGGUAAAAGUGGAUAAUCGUGGUAACACGCCACUGAAUUAUGCAGCAUCUGUGGGCAACGCUGAAAGUGUGAGGCUGCUGCUCGAGGCCGGGGCAUACUUGGGGCAAGUGAAUGAAGAUGGCCAGACCGCACUACAUUUCGCCAGUAUGUCCGGUGACACAGAGUGUGUGAAGCUACUUUUAGAAUUUGGUGCAAGGGUGUCAAAAGUGGAUAAUCGUGGUAACACGCCACUGAAUUAUGCAGCAUCUGUGGGCAACGCUGAAAGUGUGAGGCUGCUGCUCGAGGCCGGGGCAUACUUGGGGCAAGUGAAUGAAGAUGGCCAGACCGCACUACAUUUCGCCAGUAUGUCCGGUGACACAGAGUGUGUGAAGCUACUUUUAGAAUUUGGUGCAAGGGUGGUAAAAGUGGAUAAUCGUGGUAACACGCCACUGAAUUAUGCAGCAUCUGUGGGCAACGCUGAAAGUGUGAGGCUGCUGCUCGAGGCCGGGGCAUACUUGGGGCAAGUGAAUGAAGAUGGCCAGACCGCACUACAUUUCGCCAGUAUGUCCGGUGACACAGAGUGUGUGAAGCUACUUUUAGAAUUUGGUGCAAGGGUGGUAAAAGUGGAUAAUCGUGGUAACACGCCACUGCACUAUGCAGCAUCUGUGGGCAACGCUGAAAGUGUGAGGCUGCCGCUCAAGGCCGGGGCAUACUUCGAGCAAGUGAAUGAAGAUGGCCGGACCCCACUACUUUUCGCCAGCACGUCUGGUGACACAGAGUGUGUGAAGCUACUUUUAGAAGCUGGUGCAAGAAUGGUAAGAGAGGAUAAUCGUGGUAACACGCCACUGCACUAUGCAGCAUCUGUGGGCAAUGCUGAAAGUGUGAAGCUGCUGCUCAAGGUCGGGGCAUAUCCCGAGAAAGUUAAUAAAGACGGGCAGACUCCACUUCAUGUUGUUGGCGUGUCCAUAGACAUUCAGUGUGUGAGACGAGUUUUGAAAGCUUGUUCCAUAGUCGCAACACGUAACAAUCAUUACAAUAUACCAAUCUACUGUGCAGCAGUAAAGGGCAUGAGCAAGAGGUAUUAAGCUACUGUGGAGGCUGUUUGAAGAAGCUGUAGCUGAUUCACAGUUGAAAAUUACUUACUUUUGAACACCCUUGUUCAGAGCUGUGUUAUGUGGCAAUAAAAGGACCAGAGCUACAAGCGACGCAUAAGUUUGGUAAUACAUUCUUUCAUUGUUCCAGCUGAUAUGUAGCAUGGAAAUCGUUUUACUGCCAGUGAGGGAAGUUGAUGCUGUGGACAUGAGAAGCAGGAUAUUGUGGAGGCACACUUUGUUCUAACAUAACUGGACCUAA